ACAAUUUAGUAAAUAUUGGAAUAUCAAGUUAUUAUUCAUUCAAAUUUCAGUUUAAUUAAAUAAAGUCGAUGUAAUAGUAAUACUAAACGAAAAAAAUUGUAAACACAAACGAAAUCGUAUUAGAUGCACUGACAGAAAAGGUCGUGGAAUUUGAAAUGUAACAGUGGCUUAGCCGAGGUAACUUACGCACUGUAAAGAUGCCCAUGAGAUCAAGCUUUAAAAAAUGGGCAACGCGAUUAACUGCAUUAGGUGGUGCAACAUUAGUUUAUUGGAAUAUUUGCGGUAACAAAGAAUUUCUGCAGGUGCGAAAUUCGUGGACAACGAAUGCAAACCCGUCGGUAAAAUGGAACCACAACUGGGAUAGACGGGAUCCAAAGAGUUUAGUGAAGCCAGUAAAAAUAAUCAGCGAGAAUGAUGAAAACACAUAUAACAAGGAAUUAUCACUAAACAAAGCAAAAGCUACGCGUCACAUAAUUUUGAUACGUCAUGGACAAUAUAAUGUUACAGGCAAGACAGAUUUUGAAAGGAGGCUUACAGAACUCGGUAAAAAACAAGCUGAAACAACAGGGAGAAGGUUACAAGAAUUGGGCUUCCCAUACAGUUUGAUUGUACGAUCAACAAUGACCAGAGCUCAAGAAACUUCCAAAAUUAUAGAAAGAAGUAUUAAGAAUGUAGCUGUAGAAGACGAUCCAUUCCUCACUGAAGGUGCACCUAUACCACCUGAACCACCAAUUGGUCAUUGGAAGUCUGAAAUACAUUUUCAUGAAGAUGGACCUAGAAUAGAGGCUGCAUUUAGGAAAUAUUUUCAUCGUGCUGAACCAACUCAGGAAAAAGAUUCAUAUACUGUUAUUGUUUGUCAUGCGAAUGUUAUUAGAUAUUUUGUGUGCCGGGCACUACAGUUUCCACCUGAGGGCUGGUUACGCCUAAAUUUAAGUCAUGCAAGUAUUACAUGGAUCUCUAUUCUACCAAGUGGAAGAGUAUCACUGUGGUGUUAUGGUGACACUGGGCACAUGAAACCAAAUUUAAUUACAUCUAAUUAAAAUUAAUAUUGCUUAUUAUUUUGUACUAUAAACAUUUAUAAUCAUUUAGAUUUAACAUCAUUUUGAAGUAAUAAGAUAAACGAUAUAUUUUUAUGUCCUUUAUCCUCUUUUUAACUUAUAAAAGUAGUAAUCAUUAUCAUAAAAUUUGAAUGCUAAUUAUCCGUUCGUGGUAUUCAGAAAGAGUCCUAUUAAAAAAUUGGAAAAAUUGUA